UUUAAAUCACAAAUCAAUUUUAUUGAAGAAAAAAAAAAGCUGUCAUCGUUCUGAGUUGGGGUUUCGAGCUCUAAUGGCUGCACAUGCGACAUCGGAGGCGGUCGUGAAUAUACCGGCGACGCAAUUUGAUUCUCAGGUCACAGAGCCGUUUGGUGUGACUCUUGUGGUUCGGCAUCUUCCUGAUGGAAUCCCUCAUGAUCUCGUCUCUCGGCUCUUUUCUCAGUACGGAGCUUCUGCUGUUCGUCCUUGCUCCGGUGGAAAAUUGAGAAAUGCUGCAUUUGUGGAUUUCAAGAAUGAAGCUUUUGCUUCUCAAGCACAUCGUCAGUUAAAUGGGCUGAGGUUUCUUGGUAAGGUUCUACAAGUACAGAGAGCCAAUAAACCUAAUGAGAACAAGAAGUCUCGACAAAUCGAAGAAUCUAUGGUCAAGGGAAAUGCUUUCUCUACAGUUAGCACCAACAGUGAUUUAAAAUCUGAGCAGACAAUUUCUGGCGAACCGAUAGCUCCAAAACUCGGCAUAAACUAUCCAUUUCCUCCUCACCUGCAAUAUGCUUACCCACCACCUGAUGAAAAUAUAUUAGCCAACAUUACUAAUGCACUUAUCGCUGUCCCACCGUUAUACACCCAGGUGCUGCAUCUGAUGAACAAAAUGAAUCUUCCCCCUCCUUUUCGCCUUGCCCUGCCGACGCCACCUCUACCUAAAACUGCCCCCCAACCAACUGAGUUGGAGCAUCAAUCUAGUAGCGAGUCAGAGAUGGAAUCUGAUGAGGAUACAGGUACAUCAAAAUCAGGAAGGAAGCGUGCUAGACAUGAGAAUCUUGUUGGUCCUGGUGUGGACAAGGAUGCGCCGCAUGAGACUGUUGGAUUGAAACCUUCUUCUUUGACCCCAAAGGAGAUCCCUCGAAUAAGAAAGAAUACGCAUGUUAUGCAGAUCAAGAUUACCCCAAAAGUUGCACAAGACGAAUAUAAAGAGGACAGUGAGAAUGAAGAUCCUGCAGACGAGCCCAAAGAAGAAGAAUAUUCAAACUUGAAUCCCUUUGUGAGUUUAGAGGAGUUGGAGAAAGGAAGGUUACCUCCAGAGGAUAUUCUUUCACUGCCUAUGUUCAAGAACUACACAGCUGGGAAUCCAUCGGUUGUGCUGUAUAUCAAAAACCUUGCCAAAGAUGUUGUUAGUGAUGAUUUCUAUUACAUAUUUGGGUCACAAUUUGAAAGCAUUGAAGCAGCUAAAUCCAGUCUUGGUGUGAGGCUGAUGCAGGAAGGAAGAAUGAGAGGGCAAGCUUUUUUGACAUUUCCAUCUGUUGAAGUCGCACAUCGUUCUCUGAAUCUUGUAAAUGGUUUUGUGUUCAAAGGAAAACCAAUGAUAAUCCAGUUUGGCAGGAAUCCUGGAUCAGCCAAGCCAAACGAAUGAUGAUUUAUAUAUAUCGAAAGUUUUUGACUUUUUGAGGAUUAGCUGCUAAUUCUUAUUGUGGAUCAUUAUGUAACUCUGACUCUCAGAUUAAAAAGUCAAUUAAUAUAUCGCUGUCUAAUA